AUGGUAAAUCAUGCAGAUUAUUCCAACAUUACAGGACUAACAAAAGAAGAAACACUAAAGCAUAUACUAGAUUCAUAUGAAACUUUAAAAACUUCAAAUUGGGUUACAAAUUUAUCAAAUUUAUCAUCAUUAUUAUGGCAUGGAUAUCAUUCUAUUGGAGUACAAGUAAAUUGGACUGGAUUUUAUGUUAAAAAUCAUGAUUCACAAAAUCAAGAAGAACAAUUGAUUUUAGGUCCAUUUCAAGGUAAAGUAGCUUGUCAAUUUAUAAAUUUUGGUUCUGGAGUAUGUGGGAAUUGUGCAUCAACAAAAACCACUCAAUUAGUUCCUAAUGUUGAAGAAUAUCCUGGUCAUAUAGCUUGUGAUGGAGAGACAAAAAGUGAAAUUGUUGUGCCUAUUCUACUGGGUGGAGAAGUUUGGGGAGUUAUUGAUUUAGAUUGUUUAACAUUGGAAGGAUUUAAUGAAAUUGAUCAAAAAUAUUUAGAAGAAUUGGCUGAAUUGAUAAGUAAAAGUUUAUAG